UAAGCACCACCAUCACCAUCAUCAUCAUCACCACCACCACUAGAAUACGACCGUUUACGCUCGAUUGUUUCGACAGUAGACGCACUUGACGACCAACAAUACCCCACGCACGCCACCACUAGAGGUACCUAAUUAAAGUGUGGCCGUGUUUGGUCUUUCCUCCACGUAGCUGUACAAUUACCGGGCGCCCGUACUCCGCUCCAAUCCAGCACCGGCCAUUGGCUCGAAGGGGUUUUAAAGUGCCAAGCUAGGGCCCUAUUGCCCGUCAGUCCCUUAGCGCUGGACACUGACGGCCUUUCGACCGUUCUGCGAGUCCGCCACCCUCAUUUCCUACCCACAUGACGGCUCUCACCACCACGCCCGACAUCAAGCCCAGAAAACGGCCUGGGCUGAGCCUGUCACUCUCGUCGGAGCAAAAGGCAGACUUCAGCGCCGCCAUCCAGGCUUCGCGCAACGUCGUGAACUCGGACGCCACCACAUUGCCCAAGUCAACAAACAUGGGAAUGCCGAUGCCUGCCCCUCCCUCGCUCCCCAAGCCUAUUGCGGAUAAUCAGAGGGCCGCCAUCCCUACCGAGGCCGAAAAAAUCGCAGCAGACACUGCAGAGUCGCACAGCUUCGAAGAGUCCGAGACCUUUGACCGUGUCGCCCCUCGCAAGAUUGCGAAAAAGGCAACGCUCCUCAAAGCUAUUCCCUGCUUCUACGUCGCAAACGUCAAGAAGGCAGCAUCGUUCUACAAAGACUUCCUCGGGUUUUCCUUCCUCGGCAAGCCCGACGACUCGCAUGCGUCCCUCGUUCGUGCCUCUCAGCCCGACGCGGUCCCCAUCUCGACGACCAAGGGCGCGCCUGGCGACAGCAUUCAGCUCUACCUGCGCAUCAGCCCCAUGGGCUUUGAUGGGCAGCGAAGCGCACCGCCCCCUCAGACGCUCUGGAUCCUUGUCGCCGACGUUGACAAGGUCUUUGAGGAGGUGACGGAGGUAUGGGAAAAGUACAAGCCCAAGACGGACCAAUACUUUCCCACGCACAGCUUCGGCGACGUCAAGAUUCUCGGCAAGCCUCAGAACAAGGCAUGGGGUACCCGUGAGCUGCACAUCGUCGACGGAGACGAGAACAAGAUAAUCUUCUUUGUCGAGCUCAACCGUUAGACCUUGUCUCUUGCCAUUGUCGCUGCCCUUCUACCACCACUCCAUGUCGCGGCCGCUCCACAGACUCACCACUUCCAUCGACGCUUCUAAUUCAAGUGUACUUGUAGUCCAUCGAUAUUCAAUCCCAACCAUUGUUCUCUUAGAG